UCGAGAGCUUUGUUUAUUAUUUGCUGCCCAAACGUAAACAACGCCCCCGCAAAACAUGAGUGUAGAAAAAGAGAUGAUUUUGCAAUUUGCACCAUGGGAGUCCUUUGUGUCGCCCACUUUUUGGCACAAGCUGGCGGAGAUUAAGCUUGACCUAGAUCGCCUGUCCGACUCGAAGCGUUCCAUUACUGGUCACUAUACCAACCGAAAUGCCAGUGCAUGCCUCCUGGAAGUGGACUACACGGCCUACAACAGGACAGCACAGCCACCGAAAUUCAGCCAUUCUGCCAUCGGCACCAUUUACAACAAGAACACAAUCGAAGAGUUCAAGGCCCUGGACAAAUUACACCUGCUGGCCGAUGAGGGCAAGGAACUGCUGGCUGAUAUGUGCAGUGGUGGGGUCUUGAGGGAUCCCAGUCUGUUGACCCGGUUCUUUGUUAUCUCCUUCGCCGAUUUGAAAUGCCACAGCUACUACUAUUGGUUUGCCUUUCCCUGCCCACUAACACCCACCUUGAAGCUACGGGGCGCGGUCCAAAAGCUUCGGAAUUUACCCAACAGUGAUAGUUACAUAGAAGCCUUGAAGUCCCUGCCCGCUGAAUCGCAAAACUUCUUCAUUCUGUAUGCCAAUAAGGAACAGGAGGUUGUCGAAGCCCGCAAUUUAAGUUCUCUGGAUGAAAACGAUGUAGAACACUACUAUUUUGGGUUUGCUGAUCCUAGCGAGUAUGAGCAUCCAGCUUGGUUGAUGCGGAACUAUGCUGCCUUUCUACUCCAGCAAUGCCCCUCUUUUGUUGGCAAAACGCUUAAAUUUUUGGGCCUGCGAUAUAAUCAGCAAAUGCAGGUGGAUGACAGCCGAAUCUGGCAGGUGAUACAAACUGAAGCCUGUGAUCUAAGCCAAGCCGGGGAAGUGAAAUUUGUGGGUUGGGAGCUUAAUAAAAAUGGCAAAAUGGGCCCAAGAAUGGUCUGCAUGAGGGACAGUAUGGAUCCCGCAAAAUUGGCUGAGAACUCCGUAAACCUCAAUUUAAAACUAAUGAAAUGGCGAUUGGUUCCCGAUCUCAACCUGGAAGUUAUCUCCCAAACCAAAUGUUUACUUUUUGGAGCUGGAACCUUAGGCUGUGCUGUGGCAAGAAAUCUGCUGUCCUGGGGCUUCAAGAACAUUACUCUGCUGGACAACGGCAAGGUAGGAUUCUCUAAUCCAGUGCGUCAGAACCUCUACACCCAUGCGGAUGCCGUGGCGGGCAAUCGGAUGAAGGCCACCACAGCAGCCCAGAGACUGCGGGAGAUAAAUCCUUCUGCGGAAACGGCGGGACAUGUGCUGGAGAUUCCCAUGCCUGGACACACUAUUGGGGAAUCGCUGCUGGCCCAGACGAGAGAGCAUUUGCAUGUGAUUGAGCAGCAGGUGCAGGACCAUGAUGUCAUAUUUCUUCUUACCGAUUCUCGCGAGAGCCGUUGGCUGCCUACGCUGCUGGGUGCGGCCAAUCAAAAGAUUGUUAUCAAUGCAGCCCUUGGUUUUGAUAGCUACCUAGUGAUGCGACAUGGCACCACUCGCGAGGAAGCAGGCGACGUUGGUCAAGAGAUUGAGGGACUCAAGUGCAUUAAUGGCGACCAAUUGGGUUGCUACUUCUGCAACGACGUCACGGCCCCAGGAAAUUCCCUUAAAGAUCGCACGUUGGAUCAGCAGUGCACCGUGACUCGACCUGGAGUAUCCAACAUUGCCGCCAGUUAUGCAGUGGAGUUGCUGGUAGCCCUUCUCCAACAUCCUCGAAGAGAACUGGCGCCAGCCUACUACGCCCAGAGUGGGCGUGGCAAAUCGGAGGAGGCUGCAGGCAAGGUGCCGGAGGGUCUACUGGGCAUCCUGCCCCACUCGAUCCGGGGAAUGCUGUGCAACUUUGAAAAUAUUCUGCCCGCUACCCAAAAAUUUGCUCAAUGCAUCGCGUGCUCAGCGGCCGUUUUGAAUGCAUAUAAAAAAGAGGGACAUGCCUUCCUCCUAAAAACUUUCGAAACAGCAAAAUAUUUGGAGGAUUUGACAGGAAUCUCCGAGUUCAAGCGGUUAAACAGCGAGAUAAUCGAUUUUGAUGAUGACGAAUUCGAUAUGUCGGAGGAGGAUGAAGAUUAGCCUGCAUUUUGCGUAUGAAGUGAAAUGGGGUUCACCUUAUUGAGGCUUCAAGUUUGAAUUUCCCCUGAAUUUAUUAUGUGGGCUUAUAAAGCAUUUAGAGUUCAAUGUCUAAACCAAAAAUGUUUGUGUAUCGAUAUUUUCAUGUAUUUAUCUAGUCAUUAAGGAAAUUGUGAAUCAAUCAAAUAAUGGAAAAAUGUAUUUUAAGCCAAAACUGUGUAUUUUUCCUUGAAGAACUAAAUAAAAUAUACACAUCAGA